CCUUAUAUAACAUCUGAACUUAAGCCAUAAAGCUGCUAGAGCUCAUAAUCUCUGUGCCGAUGGAGACCUUGGAGGGAAGUGAACUCUGCUUUCCACAACUCCUCAACACCUCCUGCAGGAAGCCAGUGCGUCCUCACUUUGAGACCAUGCUGAUUUACAUUCUGCUGUCCUCCAUCUCUCUGCUCACUGUAGUUCUUAACCUGCUGGUCAUCAUCUCUAUCUCCCACUUCAAGCAGCUCCACACCCCCACCAACCUCCUCCUCCUCUCUCUGGCUGUCUCUGAUUUCUUCGUGGGCCUCCUCAUGUUCUUUCAAGUUGUCCUUACAGACGGCUGCUGGUUCCUCGGUGACCUCAUGUGUGUUCUGUAUUAUAUUUUAGACUUUAUUGUGACCUCUGCCUCAGUAGGAACCAUGGUGCUCAUAUCAGUUGACCGCUUUGUGGCCAUUUGUGACCCUCUACAUUACCCCUCCAAAAUCACUGUGAAAGGAAUAACAAUCUGUCUUUGCCUUUGUUGGGUUUAUUCUGUUCUAUACACCAGUUUCACAAUGAAAGAUAACUUGACACAACCAGGCAUGUAUAAUUCCUGCUUUGGCGAGUGUGUGGUUGUUAUUAGUUAUGCUCUAGGAAUUGCUGAUCUCUUUUUAACCUUUAUUGGUCCUGUCACUGUCAUUGUAGUUCUGUAUAUGAGAGUAUUUGUGGUGGCUGUGUCUCAGGCUCGUGCCAUGCGGUCACAUAUUGCAGCUGUCAGACUCCAGAAAUCAGUUAAAGUUACUUCUAGAAAAUCUGAAAUGAAAGCAGCCAGGACUCUUGGGGUUGUUAUAGUUGUGUUUCUAAUAUGUCUCUGCCCAUUAUAUUGUGUUUUUCUUACAGGCCAGGACACCUUACUCAAUGCUUCAUCUGCUGCCUUUGUAUUAUGUUUGUUCUAUUUUAACUCCUGUCUGAAUCCUCUAAUCUAUGCCUUUUUUUAUCCCUGGUUUAGAAAAUCUAUUAAACUCAUCGUUACACUUCAGAUACUGCAGCCCAACUCUUGUGAGACCAACAUACUGUAAACAGACACUGUGGAAUGACUAUAAGUAUGCCUUUUCUGUGUUAAGGAAAAUGGAUUGUAAAUAGACUUUUACUUGUAUACCGCCUUUCUAGUCUUCUGACCACUCAAAGUGCUUUUACACUACGUUCCACAUUCACCCUUUCACACACAAAGUCGAUCAAAUGGAAACGAAGUAAUUCUGUACAUGAGAGUUUUUGUGGUGGCUGUGUCUCAGGCUCGUGCCAUGAAGUCCCACAUUGCGACUGUCUCACUCAAGCGUCCAAAGACUGUGAAAACUAAGAAAUCUGACAUAAAACCAGCCAGGACACUUGGUGUUCUGAUAGUCAUUUUUCUGCUCUGUUACGCUCCAUAUUACUGAGUGUCUCUCACUGGCCUUGACAUAUUGAUCGGUUAUACAACUGAGGUCUUUAUGAUUUUUCUGAUGUAUUUUAACUCCUUUCUAAACCCAAUCAUCUAUGCCCUUUUCUACCCCUGGCUUAAAAAAGCUAUUAGGCUUAUUGUUACAUUUCAGAUAUUACAGCCUGACUCCUAUGAUGCCAACAUACUGUAAUGAGACAAUAAUAAGUGAAAAUACGGAUGUGUGUUUUUAUACUUAUACAGUGGUUCCCAACCUGGGGCUCAGGACCCCCACAACUGUUGAUUUUAAUGGGUGUAAGAAAAAUGUAAAAUUAUCCAAAGUAUGCCUAUAUAUCUGAAUUUCAUUCAAUUAUGUGAAGAAAAUAAAUUAAAUUGUUAUA